AUGUAUGUCAGGAGGUGUGAGAGAGCCAUGCGUGGUGGUGGUGGUGGUGGUGGUGGUGGUGGUGGUGGUGGUGGUGGCAGGGGGCUGUGGCAGGGCAGCGAGGCCCAAAGGAGAGAGGAGCACAGAGCUCAGGCUCGCCUGCAGGGGGGGUUACAGAGACUGGAGCAGGCCACGAGCUACCACCUCAACACACUCACCACAGAACAACGAAGACUACACAGAGACCUGCUCAACAUCAGGACCGGUAACCCCUGGAGGAGGAGCCUUCACCCCCUGGUGUCGCAACCUGUCAACCCUGACCCCUCCCAUCUCUCCAUGCCCUGCAGGACUACCCUACCCACAAUCCCACGGGCCACCAGAGACCCAAAGAAACACAGGUCAGUGAAAGCUGUGUGUGGGGGAGUGUCUGGUCUGGCUGCACUCCAGGUUCGGGUCCAUGACUUCCUCUGCAGCUCUGCAGACCCACAGAGACAGGGGGCAGAGAGCUCAGUGGCGCCACUCUGCCUGCCAGACCUCAAACUGCAGCCUGCAGCAGAAUUGACCAGCACUGGGCUGGGGGAGAGAGGGGAAGUGGAAGGGAGGGAGGGGAGAGCUGAGAGAGAGAGAGAAUAUGUGAGGGGAAGAGGGGGGAGGGCAACGAGAAAGAAGGAGGAAGAGAACAGGAGGACAGACAGAGACAGAGAGAAAGAGGAGUAUUAUCCUCUCCCUCCUCCCCCCUCCGACGUCCUCACUGCUGAUGGUCGGCCCAGAACGCUCCACCUCCUGCCUGAUUUCAACCAAUCACUGUCCGAGGCUCGUAAAGCUCGCUACAUCCGUUACCGAGGUCGACCCCCCUGCGAGAGGGAGCUGUCAAUCACUGAGAUAUUCGCCAGGGGCAACACAGGUUCCAUCCACAGAUUCUGAAAAGAGAAUAACCCUGUAAGACAGAACAAAUCCUGUGAGUGAGGCUAGUAGUGUGUGACUUUUCUUUUAACAUGGGACCUCUGCACAUGUGUUAGUCCAUUAAGCAAAAGCCUUAGUAUUUGCUCGGGGAGCUAUAGCAAGUCUUCAGGUCUCAGGUAAGGUUACUCAUCAUGCGAGCGUGGUUCAGCAAACCACUUCCGUUAUAUCAUGGACACCUCCAUAAACAUUAGAUCCAUUCCAACCUACUAUGUUUGGACUACAUUAUGUCAUACUGAACAGGGCUUUGGUCGCUGAUACACCUGUUCUGUGCCAAACUGACAAUGCAUCUUAUUCAGUGUUUCUAUUUUAUUAGGCAAGUUAGUUAAGAACAAAUGAUUAUUUACAAUGACAGCCUACCAGGGAAUAGUGGGUUAACUGCCUUGUUCAGGGGCAGAACAACUAAUUUUUACCUUGGGGAUUCAAUCCAGCAACCUUUCGGUUACUGGCCCAACGCUCUAACCACGAGGCUACCUGCCACCCUGUGAAUGUAUAUCUGUGAAUGUAGCAUUUGAGAUUUGCUCAAUGUGAAAGUCCAUAAUAUCUAUUGUGUUAAAUCAUGUACCUGAUUGAAAUUCUCAAUGUAUGUAAAGUAUAAUGUUUAAAACUGUUGGCUCAUGAAUCAUGAUUUAUCGUAAUAAAAUAGAGGCCAUUA